UUAAAAAUAAAUUAGGCCAAUUGUACAAAAAAAAACAUUUAAUUAAUUGCUACUAAUAAUUGUUUCUCAAUGUAAUAAGCCUCAAUUUAUUGUUGGCCAGAGUCUAGAGCUAAAUGAACAAUGAUUUUUAUUGUGUUUAUUAACGUAUAAGUUGUAACAUGAAAUAAUGUCUAGCAACAUUACAACUCGUAGUGAUGUCCUUUGCAUUUCCGAUCAUAAGCCUAUGAUUACAUAUGCUGGUGACAAAGAAUUGUUCGAAGGGUUGAAAACCGUUUUCAGUCAAUCACUUGGCCAAGAACCAAUCGAAUGGAGACGUUUGUAUGGUAGACCCAUGAAAUUAGUCACAUUAUCUACGGAUUUUGUUCCUUUCAAUAAGGAUGCAGUUGCUGAGCAGAUUAGUAGCCGAAAUCUGGUUGGUCGGCCGAUAAUGCAUACAUUUUGGACACAGUGUUUGGAUAUGGAAGUCUAUAAAUCAUUACUUAGAGAUGAAAUUGAUAAAUGGAUGACUGAAAUGAACAAACACAACAUAAUUGAUUGGGUGAUUAUUGUAGUUGAAACUUAUGAUCUGAGAAAACACAGCAAGCUUUUACCUCGAACAACUGUAUUUGAUAAAAUCAAAAGUGACUUUGCUGAAAAGAAAGCAGAUCGAUGUUUAUCCGUUAUAAAUCCACCUAAAUCAGAAUUAAGAUGUGGUAGUAGUGCUUGGCGAGCACUGAUAACCAAUGUUCGUCUUCUAACUUUAUCUGCUUUUGACAGAUUAUUUUUAAAAUAUGAAGAUAACAUACGAAAUUACCGGGAACAGCGUAAUGAUUCAUCUUGGAGUUUUUGCAAGUAUUUUUUAUAUCAGGAAGAAUUGGCUUUUGCUCUAGAAAUGCUUGGACUCCAUGAUGAAGCUCUAAUUCAGUAUGAUGAACUAGAUGCCAUGUUUACUCAAUUCAUAUUGAAUUCUCAAGUUGGAAACGUUCCUCAGUGGUUGACUGAAUUUCAAGGUGUUUUAGAACGCUGGGCCGCCGUAUUAUUUAUGGAAAAAAUUAGCCGGAGUCAAAGAGAAGCCAUUAAAAAUAGAAAAUUAUCAUUCCUUGAAUUUAGAUGUUAUUUAUUUUCUCGCCAGGCAUCUCUACUAAUGGCUGCUCCAAAGCCUUGGCUUGUAGCAGAAAGAGCAUUAAAGUUCCUCCAUCAGGCAGUUAGUGAUUUGAAGACAUUAGAAAUCGAAUGUCCACCUGGUUCAGUUGCAUGUUGGGUUUUACAGUGUUGUACACAAAUUCUGCUUAUUUGUCAGUCGGUUAAAAAUUCAUUGACUUUAGAAGAGUGUUCAUAUCACACCGCUCCACUUUUGUAUUAUUCUCUAAAAAAAUUAUACAAAUUGGGUAGUUUAUGUGGUUUACUACCAGGUGAUGUCCAAACCACUGAACAACUUCACACCGUACAAGUUUUAUGUAGUGGCAUGCAAAGUGGCCAUGACUUGUCUGCUGCGACUGAAUCGGUGGCAACACUUAAAACUGCCCUCUCGUCAUCGGAAGCGUUUAGUAUACAUUACUUGGAAGUUGCCGAAUUAGCUAUUAGCACUUACAAACAUAACAAGCUAAUGAGAUGUGCCCAUAGUUUAGUUGGUUUGGAAUUAGCCCAAUUUUACACGCUAUCUGGAGACACCACCAAGCGAACAAUGUUUUUAGUAAAAGCGCUCAAACUGUUUGAACAAGAUAAUUGGAGGUUAUUAGCAGUUCAAACAAAUUUAGAAUUAGUAAAAUGCUUCAAAAAAAUUGGAAAUGUUGAUCAAUUCGUAAAAACAUGUUUACAAAUAGCUUCUUCGUCUGAAUGCAGCAUAGAAGUUAGGGAAGACCAUUUUGAUCAGUUAUUAGAUAUGAUUAAAGUAUCAAACGUAGAAUGUUUGUAUCCAAUGGAUGAUGUCAUUAUACUGGAUCGGAUAGUUAUAGAAAACAGUAAUGAUGUAAACGGAUCUCCAUUGCUAGUGUCAUUGAAGUUUAAAUGUAAUCUGCCUAAAACCAUAGUCUGUCCAAAAGUUGCCAUAUCGUUAAUUCUUGGCUCUACCUUAAAGAAAAAAAAAAGUAAAGUUGUUAUGCCAAAAAAUACGACAAACAGUUUCGAUAUUAAAAAAAGUAAUAGACUACCUAUAACUUAUAAUCAUAUAUAUCAACAAGAUGGUCAUUUGGCAUCCACCGGUACUUCGUGUCAAAACAUGAAAUCGUAUCUAAGGCGACAAGAUAGUCAAAGAAGGAAACCUUCAGCUAUUUGUAGUAAAAAUGACUUUUGUGAUACAAUUUCUGAUGAGAAUGUGACUAUUGUGCCAGGAAUUAAUAAUAUAAAUUUAACAUUACAUGAUUCAAAAAAUAAGGAAUCUGGAGUUUAUUUUCUCGAUAAAAUGUCUAUUGUUGUUCAACAUAAACUAGAACUGUUGACCAACAUGCCAACUCUAAUGUUUGAGUUAAAAAAUACUUCUCCUAAAGCCUGGCUCAAUCUCUCCGAUGGAAAACGAUUGUUUGCUGGGAUCGAAGAAGUAUCUAUACUUUGUCUUCAGUUCGGCACAAAAUCAAAAAAAAUCAUUGAUAAAAUUAGGUUACAUUCUACACCUGGCCUGACUUUUUGUCUCGCCGAUGAUUCCGAUUUCAGUUCUGAAGCUUAUAUCGAUCCAACUUUAUUAAAAAUAAACUCGAGACAUUCAUUAUCUGUGCCCAUAACACUGUUGGCGCUACUACCCCCAUUAAAAGAUCAUUCUGGGACUGUGCAACAUAAAUUAUGGGUGAAAUGUGAUAAUUUAUCCGAUAACAAAGAAGUGAUGUGCGUUUCUAUUGACUUUAGUCUGCCACUAACCGUAUUUCAUCGCAUACAUACAUGUGAGUUUCGCAAGUUUAUUGGUAUUAACAUAUGUUGUCACACUCAGUGGCCCUUGGCAUUGACUAAACCCACAAUCAUUGGGGUCAGUCAACCUCCUACCAUUACAGCUGUCAAAUUAACUUCAUUGAACCCGUCGUUUGACACACUAACUCAUUUGAAGAAUGGUGAAACGAUUGGUUAUUUGUGGGAAAUUGAUUUGUCAUCUACAGAAAACAACACAAUGGGUACUCUAAUUGAGCCCCUUAAAUUUAAUUUUCAACUAAAAUAUUCAUCGACCCAUCAAGAAGAGAGUUCGCAUGAAUUAAAAUAUGAGUUUAUGGUUAACAAUUACAGGACUCAAGUGGUGAUUGAAAGUGGUGUUGAAAUGGCCGGGAAAAAUGGAGAAUUCUGUCGUGUAAACACAGUUUGUUCAUAUAUAGCAAAUUUUAAAAGAACUGCUCUACCAAAUAAUCCAAUCGGAGAAAUUUCAUUCAAAUAUGAAAUUGUUGCGGAUAAAACUAUGUGGGCAGUUUGUGGACGUGGAUCUGAUGUUAUUACAUUUUCCCCUAAUUCAUUAACUCAAAGUGUAUCAAUUGAAAUAAUGCCAUUGAUAAGUGGAUUUUUGCCAAUACCUACAUUGAACCUGUAUCAAUAUUAUCCUUCUAAUAUGCGUCAAAAUAUUGAAUCUAAGAUGGCUCCUUUUUCCUCUUGUCAAGUGUAUAACGCAAGUAAAGGAGUCCAAGCACACGUAUUACCACGAGUAACUACAGAUGCCUAAUUAUUCUAAUAUUAUUGUAAACAAAUUCUCCUCAGUCAAAUUGCUCAUGUUAAUUACAUAGUAGCUAUAUUUUUAAGUUUAUUAUUCUAUACAAAUAUAUAUUAAAGUAUAAAAAAAUAUAUUUAUAUAAACAAACCUAUUUUUUUUUAAUAUUCUUGUUGCCAUUUGGUUUUUAUAAAAAAAAAAAUAUA